GUGAAACUCUUCAAGUACGUGCAUUACGCAUGUGCUUUGAGAGCCCUUGACAUGUCAAGAAUUCCUUAAGCACGCACACUGUCUGUUUGUUUUUCUGCGUAAACUUCGUUUGAAGCUCAGAAUGGAUGGUUUUUGUAUUCUAUGGAGUCUGCUUUACUUGACAGAAAUGGUGAAYGCAAAAUGCAAAACGAUGACUUUCAAACCUGACGACGAAUUCGACGACAAAACUUUACAAGGUCACGUGUUCAAGACCAAGUGGGCCUCGGAUCGAAAGGAGUGUAGAAGGAAGUGCUUUAUGGACCCCAGUCACCGGUGUAYCAGUUACAAUUUUGAGUCGAAUAAAAACAAAUGCGAAUUGAGUGAUUCAGACCACGUGAUUCAUCAACGUGAUCUUAUUGGUCAAGAAGGAACAGUUUAUGGCAGAGCAAAGAACAGCUGCAGUGUCUGUAAACCAUUUGAAAUCUGCAACUUUGUGAGUGACAGCUAUGGCAGCUGUACAUGUAAGGCAGGACUCACUGGGGCAAAGUGUGACGUAGAAAUAAAGCCCUGUGAUUCGUCGCCCUGCCAAAAUGGUGGAAGUUGUACCAACACACAAGACACCUUCAAAUGCACUUGUCCAUCGUUAUUCACAGGACGCCUCUGUGACACACAAAUAAUAAGAAAAGCUUGCGAUUCCAAUCCUUGCCAAAAUGGCGGURUGUGCACCUCAGAUGCCAACUCCUUCAAAUGYACYUGURYAUCGCAAUACACUGGAYUGACCUGUGAAACAGUAAUCCGUACAGCUUGCGAUUCCACUCCUUGUCGAAAUAGUGGUGUGUGCACUCCAGACGGAAACUCCUUCAGAUGCACUUGCACAUCGCAAUACACUGGACUGACCUGUGACACAGUAAUCAGUUCAGCUUGUGAAACCAAUCCUUGCCUAAAUGGCGGUGUGUGCACUCCAGAUGGUUCCUCCUUCAAAUGCACUUGUGCAUCCAAGUACACUGGACUGACCUGUGAGACAGUGAUAGAUCCAUGCAAUCCAAGCCCCUGUCCUGGCAAGCAAUGCACGCGUAUGGGCGAUAAUUCGUAUUAUUGCAUAGGCACUUAGAUGACUGUGAUAUCAGUGUCGCGUUAACGUUAAUAACACUUAGGAAUGACCAAAAACUUUUACAUUAACUGAAGUCAAUUUUCACAUGGUAUAACUAACGUAUUGUAUGAGGCAUUUGAAUCAUUGCCCGGACGCCCGCCAAUGAUAUUGUUUUUACCACAAUUGUGUAAAUUCUCACGCGUCAAUUGGCUGAUUAUAGUGUGUCAAUAAGAGGUCAUAGACACUGCGGACACCAUCAUAUCUUGUGCGCCUUCAGUUGAAAGAAAGGAAUGGUUUACGCUAAUUUCUAGGAUAAAAAUUUGUUGAAAACCUGCGGACACCUUAURAGGUCAAGAGUGUGUCAAUAAUAAGAGGACCUUUAAACUCAAAAUCGUUUGAAAAUUAAUCAUUUUUUAAUCAUUUGUCUGCACAAAGAAUGAAUUCUUAAAUUAGAAUUUUACAAGAAAUUAUUAUAACAUUUAUAACAAAAAGGAUAAGUUAAAGGAAUGGUGUUUAUAAAAAACAUUCAAGGGAAAGCUAGACUGGUAAGAAAGUAGUAAAGAAGUAAACUAUACUAAACAACUAAACAAUAUCUAAUUGUAAAAUGACUAUUGAAAAUGUAGCUUAGUCAUACAGAAUUAACAAUGAAUAAAGAAACUGUGKCUCGGA